AUGCUUGCCUCCAUGAAGAAAGUAACAACCUCCUUCAUCCCAAAGUGGCAUCUGCAGAUCCUCAGGAUUGACCUUAAUCAUCUGGACAUUGCUUGCGGUAUGACCUCGCCUUCUGUGACACGCUAUUUUAUGCCGCGAACAGACACUCCUAGGAUAGAGAAGAUACGUGCAGAUCCAAGCUGGGAUUGGUUUCUAUCUCAAAAAGGAAACUUCGGAAAAGGAACUCACAGUGCAAACUCUCUACUUCGGCGUGUGUUCAUAUACUACCAGGACUGGAGUAUUCCGGAAUUCUGGCCCAACGAGCUGGAUGGAGCGAAAAGCGAAGAAAUUAAGAAUAACGAGAGCCCUACUGUCCAGGGGUCAGAUCACCCUGUUAACACUAAAGACGAUAAGGUGAGCGAUGGAGAGGGCAAAUCGGAUGAUAAAGAAGUCAGCGAAAGUGAGAAAAUAGACAGUGAGGCAAAAGAAGGGGAAAUUCUGGGCUCUGAAAAACAUGGUGAUAGUGAUGAAGAUUGCGGCAAGAGCGAAGAGAGCGAUGACGAGAAUCGAAAACCAAGGGGUGAAAUCCACGAGAAAAGCAAGCAAAGCGAAAAGACCGACAAGGAAGCCGAUAAUGACCGUGAGAUGGUGAUUGCGAACGCUUUGGACCUGGAUAUUCGCAAUUACAUGACAAAUGACUGGUUAGUCUACUGGGCUCAAAGACUAUACGAUCUCGAUCUCCCAGACAAAAUACACGGAAUCAGUUUUGCCAGAUCAAUGGAGCUAGAUCACCCGCACAAAUGCCAUGCAUGGGCUCUAGUCGAUGUGAUUUCAUGUGGGCACGAUCGCCCCUCAACUGCUGAGCUCAUAGCCUUGGUUAGCUGGGGGUUAAGAGGCAUGUUUGGUCAAAUGGAAUCGCUCGCCAACGGAAUUGAGCCAGAGGAUGUUCAUAUUCUUAGUGAAGUUUUCCCAUGUUUGACCAAAGAUGUUGUGCCCGUGUACUAUACGGUUACUUUGAUGGUAGAUUCCAAGUUCAAUUUACACCGGUCUUGA